AUGGACCCUUCCCACCAAUCAAACGACAUCAACAUGUGGCGAUUAGAAUCCUCUCUAGGACACAGGGUGUCAUCCCCUGCCAUAGAAGUUUCGCCGCCCAACGAAAAGCAGAACAAGCACGAAGCCGCCGUGCUGAGAGGCAGAGCCGAAUUCGAGGGCUGGCCUGAAGAAAAGCUCACCGCAGCCCUGGUCAAUCUCGCCGAAAUGAACAAGCUACUAUCUGAUUCCAUGGCUCUACCACCCAACGCGCAGGAACUUGUCGACCUGAGACGCAAGGCUAAAAGCGAGGGCUGGUCCGAAGCGAAGCUCACCACCGCCCUGAUUGAUUUCACGAAAAAGAACGAGCCAUCUGAGGCCGAGGCUGUACCAGUCAAUAAGCAAAUACCGUCGACAACGGUGGUCUUGGAGGAAGCGCUGCGCUGGCAGAAGCGACAGGAGACAACCCGCAUCACUCGCCAGGCGGAGAACGAGGGGUGGAGUGACGAAAAGACCCUGGCUGCUCUCCGCCUCAGGAACUCGGUCCAUCAUGAGCUUAAGGGAAGCGUUCUGUGGGCUCUGAAAUUUGGAUGGUGA